AUGGCAGAGCCAAGCCAGGCUUUGUACAAGGCUGAAUUGAUUCGACACGCUAUGGAGGUGGAUGCCCUUAAAUAUGGUUCAUUCACCCUUAAGUCGGGGCGAAUUUCCCCAUAUUUCUUUAACGCAGGGCUCAUGUGCACUGGACCCAUUCUGGCUACGCUAGCAACUGGGUAUUCCUCUACUAUUGCACAAGCAUUGAAGGAUGGUAUAUUCCCUGAGUUUGACGUCCUGUUCGGCCCAGCCUAUAAGGGCAUCUCUUUCGCUUCCAGUGCUGCUAUGGCACUAUAUAAUCAGCACGGUAUUUCAAUUGGCUUUGCCUAUGAUAGAAAGGAGGUAAAUACCUACGCAGAGGGUGGUAAAAUGGUAGGAGUACCUGUCGUAGGAAAACGUGUGGUCAUCCUCGACGACGUGAUGACCUCGGGAAAGGCAGUGCGUGGUGCAAUUGAGACGAUUCGGCACCACGGCGGUGAAGUUGUUGGUUGCAUUCAAGCACUCGACAGGCUAGAGGUCGGACAGAAUGGCGUCAACAGCACCGUGAAGGAGAUUGAAGGAAUGAUUGGCAAAGGCAGAGUAAUCUCUAUAUUUACUAUGAAGGACCUCAUGAUAUGGUUGGAAAGCCAAGGUUUAGUUAGGGAACUGGAGGGUUUGCAAGCAUAUUGGGACCAGUAUGGCUUAAAAUAA